CUUUGUGGCGGCUCGACCAGAGACGUUGCUACCCUUAUACUUUACAACCCCUGUUUAUUUUGGUUUUGGUUUGCGACUAUUAUUAUUUUGGUGCGCGGAUUUUGUUCUGUGGACUGCGUAGUGACAGUUGCUUAAUUUUGCUUCUUAGUUUUGUGAUUUAAGUGUACUUUAUAGCUGUAUAUUGGAUUUUGUUUUGAAGUUUGAACUGUUUUUUAUUGACGAUUGGUGCUUUGAAAUGACCUAACAACUUAUAUGGGAUUCUGAAUAAGGAAUGACCGGUUCUAUAUGUUGUCGACUAUGGCCACUGUCACAUCUGGCAUCAUAUCACCAAAUUCAUUCGGCCUGACUCCAGAUACUAUCAAAAUGGAAAACGUCGACGACUACUCCCGCUACCACGACCAGGAACCCUUCGACUCUAACGCGAACUCCAGCGACUCAGAUCAGGACAACUACGUGGCGUCUCCGAAGAACGAGCUACCGAAACGUAACAAGCGCAAAAACUUUAAGCCGCGUUGUUCAAACAUCACCUAUUCCGACACCAACGACCCGUACAACAACGAGGCACUGAACCUGAGCGAGUACAACGACAAUAAUAACGUAAAUAAUAAUGUUAGACGGAGGAAAACUUUGGCGACGAGGAAGUUGGUGGUCGAUCCGAGAUUUAGUCCGAUGGAUUUGAGUAAAAACAACGACAGCGAGUCGAAUACUGACUCUGAAAGUAACGAUAGAGAAAGUAACUACCCUAAUUCUGAUUACGAGGGUAACAAUAGUAGCGAGAACGAUUCGAAGAUACCUCAGAGCUUUUCUAUACAUAAUCUGUCUAAGCCUCACGUGCCGGACUUUACACAAACUCCGCCGCAUCUGAGCCAAGAACAGGUUAUGGAAAUGAGACAGUAUGCCAUGAACACAAUGAGAGAGUUGCUGGGGAUUUAUGGGUUAACGUCUGAGGUAGCGGAGAGCAUCAGCAGGCAGUUACCUAUGGCGGCGUUCAGUAGUGGUAAAAUAUUUGAAAACUUCAGUCUCAACCCUCCCGUAAAAAAAGAGGGAACACCUCCAUCACAGCCACCUACACCUCCUUCGACUCCUCUAUCGCCAAAAUCUAACGAUACCACCCCGAAACUAUUAAGCACUCCCUUUACGCCUACACUAACCUUACCGCAUUCUCAAUCUAGUCAAAAAAUACCUCAAGUACCCCCAAUCACCUGCCAAAGCACGCCUCUGAACCUCAUGGGGAAGAAGCAUCAACAACAACAGCCAUACACCAAUGGUACUUUACCUCAUUCUCCAGAUAUGCUGUAUACUAGCGCCGAGAUUGAAGCUAUCAGGAGAGUUAAUGAAGAAACUAUGAAUUUAGAAAAGACUACGCCUAGUGGGAGGUUUGAUGGACCAAUUUUAUUUCAGGGGAUUUUUCCUUCGAAUUUUCUUCCAUUUUCCCAAGCAUUAAAGACUGAAUCUUCUAGCCCUCCCCCACUAGAGCCAAAUCCACUAAAUGCAAUGAUGGCACAAUCUUUAGCGCCAACAACACCCAGAGAAUCAAUCUCAUCGUCUUCCAACCAUCUCGUACACAAAACUUCGAGUCAACUGGACUAUUCUAAAUACGUGAAAAAGUUCUCGUCGUCCUUGGAAUGUGGCAGUACUUACUGCAAGGACCUCAACUACAGGGAACAUUUCCACUGUCUGGAUUGUAAUUCGAGGGUAUUUAUCAAGAAGGAAGAAAUGAUCCGCCAUUUUAAAUGGCACAAAAAGAGAGAUGAAUCCCUACAGCAUGGAUUUAUGAGGUACAGUCCUUUGGACGACUGCGGUGACAAAUUUUCCAACUGUACACACAACAAGAAACAAACCCAUUAUCAUUGUAUCAAAGAAGGGUGUGAUAAGGUAUACAUAUCAACGUCUGAUGUACAAAUGCACGCAAACUAUCACCGAAAAGAUUCGGCAAUCAUUCAAGAGGGCUUCCAAAGGUACCGAGCUACCGAAGAAUGCGGUGCUAGUUACUGUGCGUUUUUUGGCCAAAGAACUACACAUUUCCAUUGUCGGAGAAGUGGCUGUCGUUUCACGUUCAAAAACAAAAGCGAUAUGGAGAAACAUAAGUCAUAUCAUAUCAAAGAUGAGCAACUCUCGAGAGACGGUUUCAAGAAAUUUAUGAAGAACGAAAAAUGUCCGUUCGACAACUGUCGGUUCUCGAAAGUGUGUAAUCACAUACACUGCAUUCGCCCACAGUGCAGCUACGUCUUGCAUAGCUCAGGCCAACUGUUUUCCCACAAACGCAAACACGAGCGUAAAGACUCAGAACUGGCGUACAGAAAGUAUAAGUUAGCCCAAAGUAUGUUGAAGACUUUGACUGAUGGUCCUGUACCGCCCCCUUUGAAUUUUGCUAGAGACUACGAGGCUCAAAUUGACAGUUUAAAUUUGUCUCUUUAUAAUCAAUCCUCAGGAGCAAUGUCCAACAUGUCUAACAUGUCCAACACUGAGAGUUUAAGCGAGAGAAACUCUCCAGUGAGCUACGAGGAAUCUGAGUCUAUUUCUGCGAUAGAUUUAAGCGCUAAUGAAUCUAAUUUUGCUCAAGAAGAUACCAUUUCCUUCAACAGUGAAGACUUCUGGCGCAAAUACUGUCAAUUUGUGCCUGAGAAUCAAUGCCCGAACGACAAAUGUGAAUACGCCUUCACGGAUCACUUCCAUUGCUUCGUUGAGAACUGCGAUAUGACAUUCAAUACUAAAGAAUCUGCCAGAGAACACGCUAGAAAUCACGAACAACAGGAAAUGAUCACAGACAACUACUUCACCACUGUUACAGUACAAAGCGGAGAAUGCGAAGAAAAUUGCGUCUACCAAGACAAAGAAAAACAUUAUCACUGCAACUGGGAAAAUUGUAGGGAAGUUAUUCUUCCAAUCGACAAACCAUUUAGACGUUUGGAACAUUACAAAAUGCACGAAUAUUCCAAGAAGCUCAGUCUAACUAAGGAUCCUCUAACUAUGACGCAUCUAUCCAGCAGCAUCGAUGGAAUGUUUUGCAGAAAACGUGGAAGGCCACCAAAGAAUAGAGUAAUCGAAGUAUGGAAUGAUUAUAACCCUAUGGGUACCCAAACCCUUAUGGACAGUCCACAAGCUAUCUUCACCAGCUUUAAACUUCCAAAACCAUCAGCAACGCCCUCUAGUAGCAAAGAGAUCGAACAACAAGAUUCCAAUGACGACAGAUCAAGCACCCAUAGUCCAACGCCACAGGACUAUUCUCUCCAAGGCUUUGAUGUCUUUAAUGAAAAUACCAAAUGCCCCGACACGUUGUGUCCAUAUCUAGGGUCAACGCACUUCCAUUGCGUCCAAAAUAGAUGCCUCUAUGUCACAGAGAAAGAAGAUACUUUAGUCCUACACGCUAAAGAUUUCCACGAUAAUGUAGAAAUAUUAGACGGGUUUGAGUUCUACGAUAGAAACAUAGAUUGCAGGCUUCACAACUGUCCCAGUAACAAAAUCAACCGACAUUUCCACUGCACACGACCGAACUGCAACUAUUCCUUUGUUCAGUAUUCAUCAAUGGCGAUUCAUAAUCAGAAACAUGCGGAAGAACUUGCUCAUGCCUCUCAAAGCACCUUUAUUCAACCUAAACUGGAGAUUCGAGUGAAGAGCGAGGCACAAUUGACGGAUCAAAGAUUGGAACCUAGUGAUGGACAGUUCAAAGCUAUUAAUUUGAGCCAAGCAGGAGAAAACAAUAAAGUAUCAGAACCAACGCAGAUUCAUGAAACAAUGACUCCAACAACAGGUAGCAACAUCCUGUACGGGCCAGAGAUCAGUUGCUCCAGGCCUUUCUGUAAACUGAAAAGGAAGUACCACUAUCACUGCAACGCUUGCAACCAAGCCUUCAGCGAAUUGGAUAGAUUGUUGGUUCACGUAGCAAAACACAGCAGCGGGGCUCUGAAUAGUCAAACGCAAGAGGAACACUCUCCACAAUCGUUUUCUCCUCCAUCACCCCAAAUUCCUGUAUCUUCUACGACGUCGAAACCUUCGACCGAAAGCAAAAUCUCCAUCGCACCUAUACAAACGUUACAAAGUCCUUCUGUUAGUCAAAUCAGUCAACAACAGAAAGAAUCUCACGAAACUUACCUCCCACCUACAUUCGACGCAUAUAGUCAUUUUAACAAUUUUCCCGCCAAUUUACAAUUCGCUAUAAUGUCGCAACAACAGCAGAUGCAAAACCCUUUCUUAUCCCAAAGCCUCUACCAGAAUCCUCAGCUGAUGUUCCAACACGCGCAAUUGAUGCAAAGUCCCCUCCUUGCUCCCCAAUCCCCAUAUCCUGGAGAGAACCUUACCAGUCCUCUUGCUGCAAUGGCUGCUAACUUAAAUAAGAGAGCAAUGAGCCCUCACGACAUUUCCACUGAUGCCAAGAAGGCAAGAAUUCAAAAUUCGAUGAGGAUAUUGAAGGACGAGCCAGUUCCCGAUGGAUAUCUCCGGUUCAGGUUUAACGAAGACUGCCAGUAUCAGCACUGCGGAUACAGGGAACACCAGACGCACUUUCAUUGCCAGAGGCAGGAUUGUGGAUACAGUUUUUGUGAUAAGACUAGAUUUGUGCAACAUACGGCGAGGCAUGAAAGGCUUGAUACACUUAUGGGAGGAGAUUUCCAGCAGUACCGGGCAAACGUAGCGUGUGGCCGAGCAGACUGUGCCUAUACGGCAAAUUUAGGAUCGACCCAGAACAAGGCAUCCCACUUCCACUGCCUCAAAUGUGAUUUCGUAUGUACGGACACCAACAAAGUGGUGGCCCACAGACGGCAGCACCAAAAAUUAGACUCUAUCCAAGCCGCCGGUUUCGAGAAGUUCACCCCCAGCCAAAUAUGCAGAGUACCGAACUGCCAGCACAGUGGCAAACAAACGCAUUACCAUUGUUUGCAGUGCCAGUACGCAGUACUAGGACUUGCGCAAAUGUCCGCGCAUAAGUACAGACAUAUGGAGUGA